AGACAUUUUAGGCAUCAUAAACCUUUCCAACUGAAAGGCGAUGGCUUUGGAGAACAAUACCCAUCGCAGUUAUUCGAUUAUACCAUGCUUCAUCUUCGUGGAGCUCGUCAUUAUGGCUGGCACUGUUCUACUUGCGUACUACUUUGAGUGCACAGAUACUUUCCAAGUGCACAUUCAAGGCUUCUUCUGUCAGGAUGGAAAUCUAAUGAAACCAUACCCAGGGACCGAGGAUGAAAGUUUCAUUUCCCCUCUGGUGCUGUACUGUGUGCUGGCAGCAACACCAACAGCUAUUAUAUUUAUUGGUGAGAUCGCAACUUACUUUAUAAGGUCAACUAGAGAAAACUUAAUUAUUCAAGAAAAGAUGAUUCUGACUGGAGAAUGCUGUUACUUGAAUCCCCUUAUCCGACGAAUCAUACGAUUUAUAGGUGUGUUUGCAUUCGGCCUGUUUGCAACAGACAUUUUUGUAAAUGCAGGCCAAGUAGUGACGGGCAACCUCACUCCCUAUUUCUUAACUGUGUGUAAACCAAAUUACACUGGAACAGACUGUCUGGCCAAUCACCAGUUUAUCAGCAAUGGAAAUAUCUGCACUGGUGAUCCUGAAGUGACUGAGAAGGCCAGGAGGUCAUUCCCAUCCAAGCAUGCUGCUUUAAGUAUUUACUCUGCAUUAUAUGCAACAAUGUACAUCACGAGCACAAUUAAAACGAAAAGCAGCAGACUAGCUAAACCUGUUCUCUGCCUUGGGACUCUUUGUUCUGCCUUUCUAACUGGAUUGAACCGUGUAUCUGAAUACAGAAACCACUGUGUAGACGUCAUUGGUGGCUUUAUUCUGGGAACUGCUGUGGCUUUGUUUUUGGGACUGUGCGUUGUACACAAUUUUAAAGGAACACAUGAUACGCCAUCUAAGCCGAAGCCUGAAGAUGCACGAGGAAUGCCCCUAAUGGCUUUCCCCAGAGUUGAGAGUCCUCUGGAGACUUUAAGUGCACAGAAUCACUCUUCAUCAAUGACUGAAGUCACCUGAAUCACAUAAUGGACAGAAAAGGAACUGUUUUUUUAUACUACAUUCGAUGGAGACCAUCAAGAAACACAGUUGCUCAUUGUAAAACUGUGACUAUCAGUAUUAUGUUAUAUCUACAGUAGUUAGAAGCUGAUGUUUUUGUACAAUUUUGUUCAAGGAAG